UAUGUUAGGGGUUUAGGGCAGUGCAGAGUGCUUCAACGUGGUUGCUUCCCCUUCUUCUUCAUGCUUCAGCCACCUACCACGGCCACCACCGCGUAGGCGCACACCAGCCAGGCAGCCACAGCCUUCUUCCCUUUCUUCCUCACCAGCCAGCCAGCCUCAACCACCAAUCCACCAAGAUUCGCGGCUUUCCUCGCACCGGUCACUACCACGUACCACGGUUCGCCGCUGCGCCACCUAUUACGGCGUUUCUCACCGCGCCAUCACCCACCCAUCCCAGUCCUCGAGGAAAAAAUUUGGCUUGCUUGAGAAGCACAAAGACUAUGUUGAGCGUGCAAAAGCAUUCCACAAGAAAGAGGACACCAUACGGAGGCUUAGGGAAAAAGCGGCAAACAGAAACGAAGAUGAAUUUUACUUUAAGAUGAUCAAGACAAAAGUCGUUGAUGGAGUUCAUAAACCAGAGAGUGAUGCAAACAAGUAUACCCAAGAAGAACUUCUGCUGAUGAAAACACAGGAUAUAGGAUAUAUUCUUCAAAAGCUUCAGAGUGAGAGAAAGAAAAUUGAGAAGCUGAAUGCCACUCUGCACUGUACUGAUAAUCAACGGCCAAAUAAGCAUGUCUUCUUUGCUGAGGACAGGGAAGAGGCAAAAGAGUUACAAUCACAAAAUCUAAGAAGAGAAGUUCAUCUUCCUCUUACUUCCGAUGAUCUUCCUACGAACAUUAAGAGAAAGAUUGCCAAAUCCUAUAAAGAGCUGGAAGCGAGGAAGACUAGACUCAGCCAGCUCGAGAAAAUCUACUUGGACAUGUCAAUGCAGAAAGAGUUGAAGAAAAAGGGUAAGAAGCGCAAACUACGAGAAGACGAGCUUGUCACUCCAGCCCCUAAAUCGGUAUACAAGUGGCAUGCUGAAAGAAAGCGCUGAAUGGGAUAAAAUAGAGUAUCUGACCUCUUAGCGUAAGGAUAAUUCAUUUUCUUGAUUGUGUGUUUCUACUGGAGAUGGAAGCACAGAACAUAUGUAUUCUAGGGCUACUGGUUUCGGUGUUGAUAGCAUAGUAGCCAGCUUUCUUUCUGGGAAUUCCUUGAUCAUCAAGUAAUAGUCGAAUAUCUUUUCAAUACUAUAGAUUUUGUGCAAUUAGACCUGUGACUAUUGUGAAAUGCAUGGUGUUUUCAUAUAGAUCCUAAAUGGAAUGUAACAGUUGAAUUUCUAUUUCCAAUACUAAAGAUUUUGUGCAACUUA